GGUGUGUUCACAACAAGAAUGCAGAUGUCUGACUGGCGGGGAAUGAAAACGUCGUAAGAUGUCAGUCGCACGUCUAAGUAGCUGAGACUUUGAGGUCAGUCGGCGUGAGUACAGCAAGGGGGAGAGACUGCAAAAAUUCGCAACAUGUCACAGCCCCCGGUUCCAGCGCCAAGGAGACAGUUUAGUCCUCGAGACCAAACUGAAGACACCGAGCCGUCAAAGUGUAGCUCCACUCCUCAGUCUCCCACAAAAUCUCCAAAGGGAGGUUUGGUCUGCUCAACUCCUCCACCAGUGUCGCCAAAGAAGUGGACUGUUAAAAAGAGCUCGGGAGGAAGUGAAACUCUAAAUGGCAGCCUAGAAAUAGUGACUGCCGGACAAUCAAUUAAUGGUAACUGUAAAGCACAACCUCCUCCGCUGCCUCCCAAACCUCCAAAACAAGAGCCGGACGAUGAAAAUGAAAUCCUGGAUGCCAACUCUCUGUUGGGUUGGUGGAAGGAAAGCAAAUCCUGGGAUUCACUGUGCAAAGGCCUCAACCCUACGGGGAGGAGAGAAACACAGAUUAUCAAGAUUAAAGCUGAACAGCUCCACAAAGUUGUCCAGGUUUACGUCCUCCUGCUGGCUGAACACGCAGGCACCCUGAAGGAGCACACUUCGGAGCUUCUCGGCAUCGCCGACAACUUAGACAAGGUCUCAAAGGGGACAAAGAUCGCCGCUAUUACCGGAGGAGCUACAACUGUGGCGGGAGGUGUGGCUGCAGCUGCCGGAGUGAUACUGUCCCCGUUCACGCUGGGGGCCUCGCUGGCCCUCACCGCAGUGGGCGUGGGCGUGGCUGCAGCCGGCGGCGUCACUGGUGCAUCAGCAGCCAUCGCCAAUAAGGUGAACGCCUCUCACGACAGGAAGAAAAUCGACAAGAUCUUCCAGGAGUACGAAGACCUCAUGGUGGAGAUAAAGGACUGCUUGAAGUUCGUCAACGAGGGCAUGGAGAAGCUAAAGGAGCACAGUCUGUCCGUUCUGAGUGAGGCUAGGAAGGAUUCGGUGAGGGUAGCCAGGGUGGUAGAUCUGGCCGUUACAGGAGGGGCAAGUGCCAGGGUCGUAGAGGCUAAAAGUAGGGCAUCGGGGCUGAUUCAAGGCUUUGCGCUCGGCAUGGAUUUCUACUUCACCAAAGAGAAAGACGGGCAGAAGCUGAAGAAGGGCCUUGAGUCGAAGUUUGCGAAGAAAAUCCGCAAACUAGCAAUGGAGCUCAUUAAUGGAUUGGAUGAGCUCAUGCAAAUCAGCGACUUGUUCUGUAAGCGUUGUCCAUGGGAGUAA